UAAUAUUUCUACGACUUCCACUAGGCCACUUGCAACUUGGCGAACAUUCCAAAAAUGUGAAAGUACUCAAGGUGAAUAAUUUUUUUUCUUCGCUUACUGUUAACAUACCUUUCAAAUUGCACGCAUAAUAGUUUGAGUGUGUACCCAGGUGUGAUGGGGGCCCAUAAGAAGGGUUCUAAUAAUGGAUCCUAUUUGUAUGAUCCAUUGUUACUUGAAGGAUUGGACUGGUCCUCUGCAAGAAACCUUAUGUCACCAAACAUAACAAGCACAGAUCCUGGCGAAGAGUGGCUGUGUGUUAGACCUUUACAAAUAACCGACCAUAAUAAAGGAUUUUUAACCUUGUUGGCACAACUGACCACUGUAGGAAAUGUUUCUCAACAUGAUUUCGAACGUCAAUAUUGGCUAAUGCAACGAUCUGGUGCUUAUUACGUCACCGUUAUUGAAGAUACACGAAGUCAAACAAUUAUUGGUGCUGCUACUUUAGUCACCGAGCUGAAAUUUAUUCACAACGCUUCCAUAAGAGGCAGAUUAGAAGAUGUUGUCGUUAACAACACUUACAGAGGGAAACAAUUGGGAAAGCUCAUUGUGUUAACGGUGACGCUCUUGGCGAAGAAGCUUGGAUGUUAUAAAAUGUCAUUGGACUGCAAAGAUAAUCUCAUACCAUUUUACAAAUCUAUAGGUUACAAGAUUGAAGCAGGAAAUUCUAACUCCAUGAUUAUUAGAUACGAGACAGCGCCCUCUUGACAAUUAGCCGUCAACACUGUUAAUA